AGUACAUGUGUGCGGCUUUUUGAUAGCGCUUCGCUGAAAUUUUCUAUAAAUACCUUUCGAAUGGUGUCGAUUACGAUUAUAUCAGAAUUUAAUGUAAAGAAAAGAAAAUAUGUCAGCGUGCACCUAUACAUACCGACACACAUCAUAUAUAUAUAUAUCCACAAGAGGAAAUUUGAAAUUUUGAAAAAAAUUAUUUGAUGUAAGUCAGUAUGUAAUAUGUGGCAACCCUCAAUUACAUGUAUAUAUAUGUGUGUGUGUAAGUGUGUAAACUUACGAAACUAAGAGACGUCAUGGGUAAAUAGCUUCGUCCGAAUUUUGGCGCAUCUUUCAUUAAAUUAUGAAAACUGUUCGGUUUUGCUUAUAAUGGUGACAUAAGUUGUUCCUUAGGAAAAUGUUAUGUAACGUGUCAGGUGAAUUAUGUCAAAAGAAAGCAACGAUGACGAUCUUUGGAACUUUAUACCGCUUCGUCGACGGAAAACGAAGUCGUUACAUUCAAGCAUUAACAAUGAAACAUAUUCUUAUUCUCAAAAUAAAGAGAAAACUGCUAAUUAUUUAGGUCCGAAACUUGAAACAUCCAGCUUUGGAAUUAAAAAAGAAAAAGGUAUUGUAAAAAUUGAACCAGAAAGUUUUGUGGCCACGAAGAACGUGUCUUGCAAAGUAUCUGAUGAUGAGUAUGACUCUACCUUUGACGAUUUCAAAGGAUCAAGUAAUUUUUCCACACUGGUUAAAAAUUCCAUCAACCUUAGUCAAACAUUUAACAAAAGCAAAAUUAAAAAUGAAAAGAAUUCAAAGUCUUUCAAGAAAUCACCAAGUAAAUUUAAAUCUACAUCUAAAGUUAGGAAGAAAUUGUCUCGAGGAUUGUCUUCACUGUCCCUGUCAACACAAGCAACAUUAUCAAUUGAAAAUAAAAAAUGGAUUAUUACACCUCCUAAAUCAAGUGGUUAUAACACUUCCAAACAGAUUACACCUACAAAACCUUUAUUAAAAUCUCCUUCGUGUAACUCUGUGACUAAAACUCUAUCUUAUUUUCACCGUGAUAGCUUGUCACCUCAUACAGUUCAGAAGCAUCUUAACACUUCACCAAAGAUAUUGAAUGCAUUGAACAGUGAAAAAAAUUUAACAUGUCAAGUUGAAAAAAAUACCGUUUGUUCUACUCAAGCAGUUGGCAGUGGCAUUUCAUUAGAAAAUGUAUCUAACUCAUUAAAAAGGAAAGAGUUGAGAGAAUCUAGCAAAAGACAGUUAUUUUUGUCAGAUGACUCUGAUGAUAAUGGAAGCAAUAAAAGUGUUUCAAAACUUUCCUCACCAGCCAUUUCAGAUAUUGCAGAAACUCAAGACUUGUUUACACCAACAGAAGAAAAACUUUCAACGUUUGCAUUUUCUGCACAAUGUUCAUCUGAUACUGAAUCAUAUGAAGAUAGUGAUUUUGUUUCCCCAAUGUCAGUUCCUGACUCACCAUAUUCCACUACUUCUACUAUAACUUUUGAUAUCCAGGCAGAUAAUUUCUAUAACAUUUCUUUAUCUUCAUCUCCUGUUAAAGAUGUUAACACAAAUCUUCCUUUUUCUGACUCUAGAGUGAUAUGUGAAACUCUGACAAAAUCACAGAAAAUAAAUGAAUUUUCUUCUUUAAAAGAUGAUGACAAAAUAUUCUCCCAGAUUGUUACUGUCAAUAAUAAAACACCGCUAAAGAAAAAACCUUUGGUCUCUCAGAAGAGGGUAACAUCUAAAAGUAAAUUACAGAAAGCAAAUUUCUGCUCACCAAGAAAACCUUGUUCAACUUCAAAGCAAACUAAUUUGUAUAAAUUUAUGAAAACUAGUCAGAAUAAUCAAACCUCCCUCUUAUCUUUUUCCCAGUCUAAUAUUUCUUCUAAGGAAAUUAGCAAAUCUGUGUCAGUUCCAUUUCAAACAACUUGUUCAGGAACAGUCAACAAGUCUUCAGUUAAUGAAUUUUUUCUGGUAACAGAUGACACAACAGUAAAAAAAUCCCCUUCUUGGUCUUCCUCAAAGGAAGAAGUAUCAAAAACUGUUCUAUCUCUUGACCAAUUCAAGCAGUUAUUUCACAAACCACCUGUAAAACAACAGGCUGUUACCAUGGAAAGUUCAACCCCAACAUCAUCAUCAUUACCAACACUACCAGUCAGCAAAAACUAUCAGGAGAGAAAAUUUUAUUUUAGUGGAUGCCCAUUCUACAAGAAAAUACCAGGUACAAGCAUCACUGUUGAUGCCUUCAAGUAUGGAGUCAUUCAAGGGUGUUGUGCAUAUUUUCUCACACACUUUCAUUAUGAUCACUACCAAGGCUUAACAAAGAAUUUCUGUCAGCCGCUUUACUGUAGUGAAGUUACUGCUAAUUUAGUGAAGUUGAAGAUUGGUGUAUCUAAUAAGUACAUUCACCCACUACCUUUAUAUUGUCCAGUUAUUGUAGAAUCUGUUGAGGUCACUCUGAUGGAUGCCAAUCACUGUCCAGGUUCUGUUUUAAUUCUUUUCAAAUACUCAGACCAAAGUAAGCAGAAAGUUGUUUUGCAUACAGGAGACUUCCGAGCUGAUUCAAUCAUGGAAAAAUACGAUGCAUUGCAGAAUGUCAAAAUCAAUCAGUUAUAUUUGGAUACAACGUACUGUGAUCCUGACUAUAUGUUUCCUGAACAGCAAGAAGUGUUGGAUUUCUGUGUUUCUCUGGUGAAAUCCUUUCUGAAAGAAAAUCCCCAAACUUUGGUUGUUGUUGGGACUUACACAAUUGGGAAGGAGAAAGUUUUCCUUGCUUUAGCUGAGGCUAUUGGAAGCAAAAUUGGUGUGACACAAGAAAAAAAGAAAUUAUUGGACUGUCUUCAGAGUCUUAUCAUGGAUAAGUUACUGACAUUAGAUUUAAAAAGCUGCAGCAUCCAUGUUGUGAAAAUGGGAAACUUGAACUACAAGAAUCUUAAUGAACAUUUAAAGAGAUAUGAAAAUUUUAACCAAAUUCUAGCAUUGAAACCUACUGGUUGGACUCAUAACAAAAACAGAACUUCCCUCUUUGAUAUCAAGCCCUCUCUGAAAACAGAUACGAUUACCAUAUAUGGUAUACCAUACAGUGAGCAUAGUAGUUUUUUGGAAUUAAAAAAAUUUGUACAGUUUAUUCGACCUGAUAACAUCGUACCAACUGUAAAUAAUGGCAAAGCUGCAUCCCGGCAAUUUAUGCAAGAUACUUUUAAUUCUUGGCUUUCAGAAUAAUUGUGUGCACUGUGAUUGGAAUCAGUCUGUGGAAUUGUUAUCACUUUGAUUUAUAAAGUUAGAAACAUUUUAUAUAUUACAUUAAUAUAUUUUUUAGGAGGUCCCAUGAAAUACAAAAACAGUUUUUUAAAGAAUUAUUUAUAUUUCAUUACUUUAUUUAUUUUUUUUUUUAAGAAAUCGGUAUACUAUGGAUGGUGCAUUACCAGAAGUGCAAGAACCAUAGUUUAUGAAAGAUUGUAUUUUGUCAUAUAUCAUAACAUUCUGGGUUCAAAUCUCACUCGUGUUAACUAUGCAUUUCAUCUCUCCAGAAUCAGUGAAACAAUUGAUUCAGUUGACUAUAUUCAUCGCCAACAAGUUUUACACAUAUGAAAUCAAGUUUACCCGAAAUUUUAUUUCUGCAAGAAACUUUGUUAUUUUAGUUGUUUUGUUUUUAAACUAAUUAUUGAUUGUACACGUUUUAUGUAUACAGCAUAUACACAGUCAUGUGAUUGUAUAACACAAACUUGCAGACACUGAAAGGCUAAAAUAUUCACUUGAAAUCUCCCUAUAAUUGAAUAAUUAGAUACACACUCAUCUGUAAAAGCUAUCUAUAGCUAAAUUGAAAGGGAGUUGGUCAAACAACUGAAGGAUUGAUGGUUUGCUUCACAUUGUACAGUGUCUACAACCAAGAUAGGCGGUUUCUACUAUUUGUUUUAAACUCACUGUAAAUAGGUUGUUGUCCCAUUUAAAAAACUGAGUGGCUGUGUGGUAAGUAGCUUGCUUAUGAACCACAUGGUUCUGAGUUCAGUCCCACUGCGUGGCACCUUGGGCAAGUGUCUUCUACUAUAGCCUCAGGCCAACCAAAGCCUUGUGAGUGGAUUUGGUAGACAGAAACUGAAAGAAGCCCAUCGUAUAUAUAUAUAUAUAUAUAUAUAUAUAUAUAUAUAUAUAUAUGUGUGUGUGUGUGUGUGUGUAUAUUUGUGUCUAUGUUUGUCCCCCCAACAUCGCUUGACAACCAAUGCUGGUGUAUUUACGUCCCCGUAACUUAGCGGUUUGGCAAAAGAUACCGAUAGAAUAAAUACUAGGUUUCCAAAGAAUAAGUCCUGGGGUCGAUUUGCUCGACUAAAGGCGGUACUCCAGUAUGGCCACAGUCAAAUGACUGAAACAAGUAAAAGAGUAAAAAAAGAGUACUUAUUGAGUUACUUAGAGGUGCCAUCCACAUGAAAAGCAGUAGUUAAAUUAGUGUUUAUUUAAUGGAGACCACUAAAAUGCUACGUAGCAAUAAUUAUGUAGCUCAAUGACUAAUAUUAUUUAGUAAUUUUGGUAAGUAUGGGAGAUAAUUGCAGAUAUGUUUUGGUUUUAUAUAUCCUCAGUAUAGUUAGCAUGUUCACAUGGUGGUGUGAUUAAAUUUUCAAUUGUGUAUCAUUAAGUCAAUAUGGCUGUGAAGGAAGGCAGAAAUUUUAUGUAAACCAGACAUGAAAAUAGGGGUUCAAUGUCUAGUGUAUUUAGUGUAGAGUAUAGACCAGUGGUCUCAGUCAGGGUCUAUAUGAACCUUCGGGGUCCAUGUCAGAUUUUAUUGUUAAAAUUGAUGUGCAUUAAAUUGGUUAUUCUUCUACAGUACACAAGAUAUUUUAGCAAUUUUUUAAAUACAAUUUCUAAUAAUAUUUAAUUCUAAAAAUAUAAUAGGAUUUUUUAAAGCAUCAAAUGGCUAUGAGGGUCCAGUAAAGUAAGAGAGGAAUCAAAGAGGUCCACAAGCAAAAAAGGUUGAGAAAUGCUGAUGUAGACAGUUAAGAUGCAGUAUUACAGAUUUCCCCAACCAUAUCAGGGAAUCCAGAUAAAUGAGAUGAUGAAUUGAAUAGGUUGUUGCACAUAAACUAUCACCCGUAGCUCAUAAUCAGAACCUGUUUCCAGCUUCAAUAUCCCAGCAAGCUGAAGUGGCUAGUGGACACUGAUCUGAGUUAAAGCAUUGAUCUCAUGCCUAUUUUUAGCAGUUAUGUGAACUGAAGCAAUGCAGGAUAAUGUAUUUUGAAAUAAAGAAUAUAAUGGCCAUUCAUCUAUUUCUUUCUUAUAUAAUUUCUUGUGGGUUCCAUGUUGUGGGAAUGGAGAAUGUUGAAAUAAAAGAAAUCAAUGUAAGUUGUAAUUUAAUCUGGCAAAAUCAAGAUAUGAUAAAUCAAUUUUUUUUUUUUGAAACUGAACAUGUGUAGAAUAGACAAUGACUGAUUCUGCUGGUUGAUAUUAUGAAAAUUGCUACCAAAAAAAAAAAAGUGUUUUCUACUAUAGCAUGGAGCUAACCAAAGUCUUGUGAAUAGAUUUGGUAAACAAGCUGAAAGAAGGCAAUUAUGUAUAAUAUAUGUGUGUAUGUGUAUUGUUUCCUUGUCUUGACAGCAUGUGAGAGUUGUAAAGAGUGUCACCAUCAUAGUGUGGUUCAUUUCCAAUCUAUGAAAACACAUCUGGCCAUAGGGGAAAGCACGUUAGGGUUUCAAGCAUGGAAAGUGGACAUUAAAAUAAUGAUGAUAUAUCAUCAUCAUCGUUAUGAUCGUUUAAUGUCCGCUUUCCAUGCUAGCAUGGGUUGUGGAUCUAUGAAAAAGUUAUUUUGUUUAACUCUAUUUUACCUGAUUAUUUUAUUUAUAAAUUAUAACUGGAAAUAAAAUUUAUAUGAUUUUUUUUAA